AUGCAUUGUGGAGAGGUGUCACUCAAGAUCACCGACGAGUCCAUCUCGCAGCUGUACGAACAAGGUGUCAAGGUUCCGUCUUGGGUUCGGUUUGCUGGAAGGGCCAGGUUCAACACAGAGCGAGCCCCCUUGGAGCUACGAGACCUCCUUGCUGCAACAAGUGGCUGUCAAGUCACAGAUCUACGUGACAAGGUAUUUGGGCUGUUAGGUCUUGUAAGCAAUCACCAGGCUUCCGACUUGAGUCCCAAUUACGAGCUGAUGGUACGCGAGGUUUACAUUGGUGUCGCUGCAUACCUGGUUCAAAAGGCUCAUUGUUGUGAUCUUAUUCAGUACGCCGACUCGGGGAAUAGUGUCUAUGGCAUCCCGUCUUGGGUCCCAAUGUGGAAUACAGAUAUGCCGCUGCAGGCUCCUCAAGGCAUAUCCAGACAUAUCCAACAGAUCGAGUUUGACAGCAAAAGUCUGCUCAAAGAGGAAGGACUUAUCGACUGUUUUACAAUACGCAGCAUCGAAGGCUGGCCUCACGACGAAUGCUCACAGUGCAACAGAAAGUACUGUAAACUGGCAGACUCUGAUUCAGGCUUCCUCUCAACCAGGAUAGAGACGGUGUUACGGCUCGACUCGUCAUAUCAGCCGGUUUUCACUGUUUCGACAAAACUUUGGCCAUUGGAACCCGGCGAGUAUUUCACGCACUUCUGGUAUCGGGAAGACGGCCUUAAAAUUGCCGUCAGAACCUUUGGGUGGGCAUUGCGAGAUACGAAGUUCAGCACAGGUAUUCACCUGAUUCGUGUCGAGGGGUGCACUACUUUGUUCCUGGCGCACCAGACUUCUGAUAGCCGACAUUACCGCCUUGUUGCGUCGUGUGUUGCAGCUAUAGUCUGCCCAACUCGAGAGUCUAGACCCAUCGAGACACUCAAGCCCGAUGACCUGCAGCGUUGCUUACAGUUCAUGCCUCUUACAGUCGAAAUGAUCAAGUUCAUAGCAGAGUGGAAGAAAGAAAUACUUGACAUGGCAAUAUCCGGUACAGGAAACAUGGAAAAUGCUUUACCAUUCGACGACGAACAUUCUGACUAUUCCUCCGGAGACGAGCCCGAGAUAUCUGACCAAAGUUGGAAGAGUUGGAUCCCUUUCCUCGGCUUGGAAGAUAGGAAGGUACUGGAAGAGGAUGAGGAACUACAGAAGCAACUUCCAGAUCUAAUCGACUUCUGGCACAAGGCCCACAAAUUGUAUACUGCCGUUCGACAAUGGACGAAGAGUGCAUUGGACGUGUCAGAUCACGUUCGGAGUAUCUUUCGGUUUGCAUACCCUGGCGUGGUUCUGAAAGACCUUCUUAGGAAUUCAAAGAAGUUGGGCAGAAUAUUUAAGAGAAUCACGGGCAAGAAGGUUGUUGUUUUUAAGAGCCUGCCCACUCUUCGGCUGUUACUCGAUCUCUCAGACAACCACCAGGACGGGUGGGCUACAGUGUAUCCACAUCUUCUUUCAGCCCUGGAAGAGGAUCAACAGUUCUUUGAUAAGCCUUUCCCACUGGACCUCGAAGAAAAACACCCCAAGUACAGUAGUAUCAAGGAAACAAUAGAAUGGAAAGCAGUAUUAGAAGGGCUAGUAAGGAACAAUGUAGAGGAAAAGGAGAUAUGCUUUGUUUAG